UCACUCUCUCCAUUGCUGUUUUCCCUCCACAGCUUUGCUCCCUUUCGGCUACUCUACUCUACUCUACUCUUUCGCCACACCAUUCCCAACCCCGUCGUCGUCGUCGUCUUCAUCGCCAUUGGCUUUACCGUCUUGUUGCUGCACCUGGUUUGCUUGGUCGACUUUCCGUAUCGUUUCUUCUCCGUUGUGGAACCACAUGCCACAAAUCUCCUCAUCCGUGACUCCCCGAUACCAUCUCAAGUCACAGCGGCAGAAGCAGGAGGAAGAAGGGUGUCGGUUUAAACUUUCGCUUCUUGUCCUCGGAGGGUGUGUACACGCGUAACAUUUUCGCUUCUAGAGAGUCCGUUUGUUACUCUCAUCGACGUCGUCAUGGGCACCGACUUUGGCUCUGGUUUAUUGUUGUUGCCCUCUGACGUUUGAAUCGACCAGCGGAAGGCUGCGGAGCACACAGCGAGGGUAGCUGGAAGAGGCUAGGGCAAGGCGCGUUUGAGCGGGAUUAGUUGCGUGCUUCGUCAAGGCACUUUCAGCUCGGGAAGGUCGUUGAAUUCGUUAAUGUACGAUGGGGAUUUACUUGAGCACACCAAAGACUGAAAAGAUAUCUGAAGAUGGAGAAAAUGCGGAGUUGCGGUUUGGCUUAUCUGCCAUGCAAGGAUGGCGCGAAAGCAUGGAAGACGCACACACGGCUAUUUUGGACGUGGAUGAGAAAACAUCGACGUCAAUAUUCGGCGUUUUUGAUGGACAUGGAGGGAAAGUGGUUUCAAAAUUUUGUGCAAAGUACUUACACAGAGAGGUGAUAAAGUGUGACGCGUAUGCUAAGGGCGAUUUAGGUGGAAGUCUAGAACAUUCUUUCUUGCGAAUGGAUGAGAUGAUGAAAGGGGCAAGAGGAUAUAGAGAGCUCAUGCUUUUGGAAGAGAAAAGUGGUAAGGCAGGCAAUAGUCAUGGCUCCGCUAAUGACGAAAGUGACAGGUUCAAUUCUGCCAUACAAACAGAAGGCAAUGAUGGUAACUGGACUGAAGUGGGUCCUAAUUCAGAUUACAAGGGCCCCAGCUCAGGCAGCACUGCAGUGGUGGCUCUGAUUCGAGGCAGGAAUUUGAUCGUUGCCAAUGCAGGAGACUCACGAUGCAUCAUAUCUCGACGUGGACAGGCUGAAAACCUCUCGGUAGAUCAUAAACCUGAGCUUGAGCUUGAGAAAGAAAGAAUUAACAAGGCAGGAGGAUUUAUUCAUGCUGGACGUGUCAACGGUAGUCUAAAUCUUACACGAGCAAUAGGGGACAUGGAGUUCAAGUACCAAACAGAUCUGCCGCCUGACAAGCAGAUAGUGACUUGCUGUCCAGAUAUUCGACAGGUGGAUAUUGGACCUGGGGAUGAAUUCAUCGUACUAGCUUGUGACGGAAUAUGGGAUGUUAUGUCUAGUCAAGCUGUCGUGGAUUUUGUCAUACAGAAAUUACCUACCGCCAAAACAUUAUCAUCAAUAUGUGAGGAUAUACUGGAUCACUGCUUGUCCCCUAGCACUCGUCAGCAAGAAGGGUGCGACAACAUGAGCAUCAUCAUUGUACAACUAAAACAAUCGGGAGGUGUAGCCUCUGGCUCAGCAGAUCCAAGUUUAUGACGCUAGUUUGAUACCGUUCAGACCCCUAAAAGUAUUUAACUCAAACCAUUCUGUAGGUGCUUUUUGUAAAGUUUUCCUAGGAAAAUUAGGUCCCAACAAAACAUAGCUUGAAUUUUUCUCAGGAUUUUAGGGGAAAUCCUGAACUCAGAGGGCAGCAGUGUGUUUUUAUCUUGGCUCUAUUUGGGCUCCUUUGAUUCAUCAGAACAAUUUCGAAGGAUCAGUGGACCCCACAAAGUACACUACUUGUAUGACUUUUCACAAGUAGAAUUUGUACCCCUCUCAACAAGUGCACUGUGAACAAACUUGUUAAAAAGUAAUGUUUCUGGAAGGUCUUUGAAUAUCA